UAGACGCAUGCGCUUCGAGGACUCCAGCGAUGUGGUGUGUACUAUGCUUAUUCCCUCUCUUCAUAGCCCUUACAGCAGCAGACGCGAACGACGCCAAUGCUGCGUGCUACACAUAUGCUGGCGGCCAAGUGUAUCCUGGCGAGAGAGUGCGAGGUGGCGAGCACACACUGCAAUGGAGCAAGGCACAGAUUUCUAAAGCUGCUCCAGAUUUUGACGGAACUGCUGUUGUAAAUGGAGAAUUCAAAGAAGUCAAACUAUCAGAUUUUAGAGGCAAGUACUUGGUGUUCUUCUUUUAUCCACUUGACUUCACAUUUGUCUGUCCAACUGAGAUCGUAGCAUUCAGUGAUCGAAUUGCUGAAUUUAAGAAGAUCAAUACAGAAGUUGUUGCCUGCAGUGUAGACAGCCCCUUCACUCAUUUGGCAUGGAUAAACACCCCACGAAAGGAAGGUGGACUCGGUCAUGUCAACAUUCCUAUUCUUUCUGAUCUAACUCAUCAGAUCUCAAAAGAUUACGGAGUGUUAUUGGAGAACGAAGGUCACACACUGCGAGGCUUGUUUAUUAUUGAUGAUAAAGGGAUUUUGAGGCAAAUAACAAUGAAUGAUCUGCCUGUUGGUAGGUCUGUUGACGAGACUUUGCGUUUGGUUCAAGCUUUUCAGUACACUGACAGUCAUGGAGAGGUGUGUCCAGCUGGUUGGAAACCUGGAAGUGACACUAUUGUGCCUGAUCCAACUAGUAAACUUCAAUAUUUCAAGAAACAGGAAGAAGUUGAAGAUCAGAAGACUGAAGAAUAGACUCCUUAUAGUUCAUAUAAACUGUGGUGGUUUCUCAUUCUGUUGUGCUAUGUGAUCAUGUAGCUAUAUAAUAGUAUAGUGGAUAUGCAUGGCUACAAAACACAGACUGUCAUAACCAGUACAACUUUGCAGUACACUGUACAGCAAGUUCGCCGUCAAGGUUGAUUCCAACAGAGUAAGAAUGUAUAGUUUC